GGUAUAUUUAGCGCCGGGCCCGGGGCGCGGGUAUAAGCCGCCCUGCGCCCCUCGGAGCGGCCGGCCGUGGAGCGAGGCGACGGCGCUGGAACCCAUGGACACCGCGUACCCCCGCGAGGAUCCCCGCGCCCCGACGCCCCGCAAGGCCGACGGCGCCGCCCACACGGCGGUGGCGCUGGGGGCGCCGGGACCCCCGCCGCGGGACCACCUGCUCUGGUCGCUGUUCAGCACCCUCUACCUGAACCUGUGCUGCCUGGGCUUCCUGGCGCUGGCCUACUCCGUCAAGGCCCGGGACCAGAAGGUGGCGGGAGACCUGGCCGAGGCCCGGCGUCUGGCCUCCAAGGCCAAGUGCUACAACAUCCUGGCCACCAUGUGGGCCCUGGUGCCGCCCCUGCUGCUGCUGGCGCUGGUGGUGACCGGGGCCCUGCACCUGUCCCGGCUGGCCAAGGACUCGGCCGCCUUCUUCAGCACCAAGUUCGACGACUCGGACUACGACUGACAGGCCGGCCCUGUCCCUGUCCCGCGGGGGCCGGACCCUGACCUCCCGGAACCCGACUAUGUAUAGGCCUGAGGCCCACCCCCAGCUCCAGGCCGGGCUCCUAAUGCUGACCCUGAAGACCCCCCUUUUGGACCCCAAGGCCUCACCCUAACCUUGAUGGUCCCUGGUCCCCUAACCCUGCCCCAGCCAGACCCUCCCUCCCCGCGCCCCAGGCUCAGCCUGCGCUCACAAUUAAAAGUGCCUCGUUCCAGAUGGGGCCCCCGGCUGGUUCCUGGCUG